AUGGAGAUCAGUGGCGAGGCGCGGCAAGGGUGGGUCGCAACCGCGGCGCCCGAGCAGUGUCGAGGAGCCGUGGAGGCCGUGCCACGGGGACGGGGGGCUGCGGCUGCGGCGCCGCUCGAACAGUGGCGAGGCGCCGUGGAGGCGGCGCUGCCGGGCACGCCGGCGGGCGCAGCGUGGGCGCACGUCGCCAGCUUCUUCUCCGCGCACCGCUACCUGCCCGGCAUCGACGUGUGCGAGCGCGUGGCGGACGGCGCCGGCACCGCGGAGGACGACGACGGCCACCACCAGCUGAUCAUCCCCGGCUGCGUCCGGCACGUGGCCUCGCGCGCGACGGGCAUGUGGGCGCGCGAGCAGCUGCUGGAGGCGGACCACGCGGCGCGGCGCCUCCGCUACGCCGUCGUCGCCAGCAACAUGGGGUUCGGCCGCUACGUGGCCACGCUCCGCGUCCUGGACGGCGGCGACCGCGACGCUGACGGCGGCGGGUGCAGGAUCUCGUGGGCGUUCGAGUGCGACGCCUUGCAGGGCGAGGGGUGGAGCGAGGCGGCGCUCGUGGCGCGCCUUGGCGCCAGUGUCCAGGGCAUGGCUGAGCGGGUGCAGCGGCUGGUCGCACGGCCGGUAGCCGCCGUCGGCGCCUGA